AUGGUUAGUGGCAAGGAGGGGCCGAGCCCUCUGGAGGAUCUGGAGGAUCAGAAACGACGCGACGAGGAGCUGGGCAACUUGCUGGAGAAUGCCUUCGAUGAUCUGGAUGAUGACGAAAGUACAAUCGACUCGACUACGAAUUUCCAGUCGGGUUUGAUGCCCAAACAGCCGCACCACCAUCAUCAGCAAGGCUACACACAGCCAACAGCAGAGGAGGACCACCACCACCAUCGGCUUGCCAACGAAAUUCAAAAGCUAAAAAUCAUGCUGGAAUCCCAGUCACAUGAGCGCGAUCAUUUCGGUCAGCAAGCAACAGAUGCCCUGAAAAAGCUUGAUGAAGAGCAAAAGCGCGGGCGUAUCUUGCAGGCGGAGCUGGAUCGGGCACUUCGCGAGAAGCAGAAUACCCAUGAGCUGCUAGUAGACACGAAGGCGAAAUGCUCCAACCAGGAGAGCACCAUGGAGAAGCUACGGGAGGACAAGAAACGUCUGGAGGAGGACAACACCCGGCUGGAGGGGCAGCUGGAGAUGACACGGGCGAUGGUUUCCGAUCUAAAGUCAAAGUACGACAUGGUGGAGCGUGAUGCCCACAAGCGGGACGAUCGCAUCGCGGACUCCCGCAUCAGACAGUUGGAGGAGCAUCAUCGCGCCCAGUGCGAUCUUCUGCAGGAGCAGCUCAGCCAAGGCACUGAUCAGCUGAACAAAAAACAUAACGAACUGGAAAAAAUGACUGCUCGCUACAAUGCCCUGCAGUCCAACCUGGAGGCCACGCUGCGGGAAAAGGCAGCCACGAUCAAUGAGCUAAACGCUGCCCUGGAUGUGGCCCAGAGUCGGUGCCAGCAGAUGGAUGGGAAGCCCAACUACGAGCCAGAGUGCACGCGCCAGCAGAACUACAUUAGGGAGCUGGAGGCCAAGAUCGCUGCCAUGGAGCAGACCAUAGCCCUGCUGAACGGGCACCUCAGUGGGACCACAGCAGAGCUGGAUCUGAUGGACACGCUGCUGCAGCAGAACCAAACGGACGAGUCGUCCACUGCUCGCUUGAGUCCGCGGGCUGCUUCGACGCGUUUGGUGGGCAGCACGCCACUCAAUCCCGUCGAUCGCAUUGGCCACAUCAAGCAGGAGCUCUACCGAGCACUGGCCAAUCUCAAGAACAUGAGGGAGGAGGUGCGCAAGCUGGAAAAGCUGCUGGAAGAGCGCAACCACGAGCUGCGGCUGCUUCGCGGGCAGGAGAACCAGUCGCUGGUGCAGCUUGCCACACUAAAAGAGGACAAGAUGCGGCUGGAGAGCCGCGUUAAGAACAUGCAACAGGAGCUGGAGGAACUGGACCGAAGAUCCAAAAAUGAUUCAAAACUACAGGAGGAGGUAAAUGCCUUGAUGGCUGAGCGGGAUGCGGUGACGGAGCAUCGCCAGAAGAUCGACAUCCAGCUGAAAAAGGUUCAGGUCGAUCUGGAGAGGGUGAACCAAGACCACGAGAGCCUCAAACAAAACUAUGAGCAGCUCCUGCAGGAUAACCGCCAGCUGCGAUCUCGUGACACAACAGACAACCUGCGUCUGGAACUGGAACGACACAAGAUCCUGCUGAAGGAUGCCCAAAGCGAGGUGGAACGGCUGAAGAAACUCUACGCAAAUAUUGCCAACGACAAGGAGACGCUCAGCUACGAGCUUCGCAAGCUGCGCGACCUGGACUCUGUCAAGGAGCUUCAGGAGCAGCGCCAGCAGUUGGCCAACCUCCAGCGAGCCGUGCAAAUCGCGGAGCUCAAGUCGGGGGAGCUGGCCAGCAUUCUGGAGACUGAGAAGCUCAGCCACCAGCGAGAGCUGCAGGCCCUGCGCGAUAAAUGCGAGCACGAUAAGUGCGAAGAGGUGGCCGUAGCGGCCAAGGAGAGCUCCGCGAACUGCAGCAAAUGUGUGGAAAAGUGGUCCGAAAUCACAAAGGCUGAGAUCCAAAUGCUCAAGCUCCAGAAUAUCAACGCAAGGCAGGCCAAAGAGUUAAAGCAGCUCGCGGAGGAGCUGGAGCAGUCCAAGGCCUUCCAGACGGAACUCGAGGAGAAAGUUGAGCAGUCCAUCCAGCAGGAGAGUCUCCUCAAGGAGCUCAAGGACAAGGCCAAGCAAAUGGAGGAAUACAUUAGGCAGCAGGAGGAGGCGACUGCGACGGCCGAGAAUCAGAAGAAGACGGCAAGUCCCCCCGGGGGUCCCUCGAUUGAGCUCGGCCAAGAGGGCAUCAAGCGCAUCGAGCAGCGCGUUCGUGACGAAAUGGCCAAACUGUUUGCGGUGGAGCUGAAGAAUUUCACUGCCCGCCUGCAGCAGUCGGAGGAAAAAAAUCGUAGCCUGCAGCGCAAGCACCAGUUGGUCUGCGGCGAGCUCCAGCAGCGUCAGAACGAAGUCGAACUGCUCAAGCAAACCAUACUGGCGGAGCGGGAGAAGAUCGGGGAAAUGCUGGAGGCGAAGGAGGAGAAGCAGAAGGCCAUGCUGCAGAAAUGCCGCAGCGAGAUUCAGGCAAAGAAUCAGCGCAUAGCAGAGCUCAUGCGGGCUCUGGACGAGCAGCAUGCAAGCAUCGACUCCGAGCGCAAGUCGAUGAAGGCAGUAAUGAAUCAGUGGGACGCACAGAAGCAGUCUGUGGAGCAGGUGGAACAGCACUGGCGUGAACAGUUGCAGAUGCUGCGCGAAACGCAGGAGGAGGCGAUGCGAACCGCCCAACAGCGCUAUCAGAGUGCCAAACGCACGGCCCACAACUACAAGCUGUACGCGGAAGACAAGGAGGCGCACAUGAAGCGAGAGUACGACCGCAUCAAGCACGAGUACGAAGUGUCGCUGGCCAAGAUCGAGCUCCAAAUGAAUCAGCGCCUGGAGAGGAAGGGUCGCGAGUCGCAUCGCGACAAGGAAAACCAGCCCAGCAAUAGUAGAUAGGUUUAUUUAUCGAAACCAAAUAUACUGGCUCUUCACAUUCCGACAUUCCGAAUGACAUAUUUGAUGCAACAUUUUUCUUGGAUUAUUCAGUACGAAGUAACCUCCAGUUAUCAUGGAGGCGAUGAUUAUAUUUCUGCAAUCCUGUGGCUCCAAUUGCUGAUCGAGCUUCUCCGUUUCCUGUAUUUCACUCGCCAAGCGUUUCGUUUUCAUUGCAAAUGCAUUUCGGUCUGCUUUUUUGCCAUCCACUGAUUCAGUGCUGCUCCCAUCUACUGGCACCCGGAUUCAUGGCUGGCAUAUUCUUCGUUAAGAGCCCGCUUGAUCUUAGCCAGCGACAGUUCGUACUCGUGUUGAUGCGGUUGUACUCUCGCUUCAUGUGCGCCUCCUUGUCUUCCGCGUACAGAUUGUACUUGGUUGCGGGCCGUGCGUAUGGCUGCCUGAUACCGUUGUUGGGCGGUUCGCAUCGCCUCAUGCCUUUCGCGCGGAAUCUGUAUCUGUUCACGCCAGUGCGGUUCCACCUGCUCCACAGACUGCUUCUGUGCGGCCUCCUGAGCCAUUACUGUUUGCAUUAUGGCUUGUUUGAGUUGUGAUAUAUUUCAAUAAUUAAUACAUUAAUUCCCUUGGAUAUAAAAUCUAGGCAAGUUUCAGUCUCAAAUAUUUUCAAAUACGUUUCAUUAAAUAUCCAAAGGAUCGGUCGAAGGCACACAUUUUACAUGUUCUACAAGCACGCCGGUUCGUAAUUACAACUCACAGAGAAAAUGGCAGACUACGCCAACAAUUAAGUCGUUUAUUUACAUCCGCUUUGUUUCUUCGUCUCGCAUUCGAGUACGAGCCAUUCAGUACAUUCGCACAUUCAAUUCAUGCUUCCAAAUGACUUCUGGCGGAGCAACAGAAAUAGAUUACAGUACUGCGGCAAAUGGUUUGCCGGGUUAGCUAGUAAAUAAAAUCAAAAAUAA